GGAGCAUGCGGAGCUUAGACAGGUGUUGCUGGGGUUUGCGCAUCGCCCGUGAGAUUGUUUGGCAGGAUGGGAGCUGCGAGAACACCUACGCAACCUCACCAUAGUUUCAUAUGUAUUCUGCAAUUUUGCUUUUUCAAAUACGGAAUUCAAUUAACGCUGGGAACCAACUGAACGUCGCAAUGGUGCACCACUCGGGUUCAAUCCAGUCCUUCAAGCAGCAGAAAGGCAUGCACACCAGCAUCAGCGAGAUCCUGAAGGAGAAGAGCCUGAAGCCAUCUCGCCGCAGCCUGCCCUGCCUGGCCCAGAGUCAGACUCAUCCAAUCAACCUCAACCACUUCCUGUCUGUGCCGCUGAGCCCGGAGCCCAAACCAGAAGUUGAGGUUCUGAGUCAAAGCAUCAGCACCUCCUGCAGCCUCCUCCCCCCUCAGACAGAAGAUGGCAAGGAUCACUACGUGGAGGAGUCAGAGGCGACUACGUGUGAAACUAAGGCAGACGAGUCAUUUCUGCUACAAAAGCCUGUCACCCGUGCUAAAUUAGAAGCCCGAACAGAUUCACUUCAGGGAAAGAAUCCAGCUGGUUCCUCUGGGCUGUUUUUCCGAGAUGGGAAAAAGCGUAUUGACUACAUCCUGGUUUACAAGAAGUCCAGUCCACAGGUGGAAAAGAGGUGCACCUUUGAGAAGAAUUUACGGGCUGAGGGUCUAAUGUUGGAGAAGGAGCCCUCUUUGACGAACAACGACAUCAUGUUUGUGAAGGUCCAUGCUCCUUGGGAUACGCUUUGCAAAUAUGCAGAGCAGAUGAACAUCCGAAUGCCUUUCAGGAAAAAAUGUUACUUCACAGACUGGAAGAGCAAAACAUUGGGCAGCAGGUUUCAUCUAAGAUGUCGUCAGAUAAAAAGCUGGCUUCCAAGAAAUCCAAUGAAGCUAGACAAAGAGGCCUUGCCUGACCUGGAGGAAACUGACUGCUACACAGCCCCCUUCAGCAGAGCACGCAUGCAUCACUUCACUAUCAACAAUAGAGAGACCUUCUUUUCCAAUUCCACCAGAAGCCGAAUAGUCCAUCAUGUCCUGCAGCGCACGAAGUAUGAGGAUGGAAAACCAAAGAUGGGUAUCAACCGGUUAUUGGGCAACAACACGUAUGAGGCAGCAUUUCCUCCUCAUGAGGGUGGUUAUAAAAGCAGACACCCAAUUAAGACGCACGGUGCCCAGAAUCAUAGGCAUCUUCUGUACGAGCGCUGGGCCCGCUGGGGAAUCUGGUACAAAUACCAGCCUCUGGACCUCAUUAGGCGGUACUUUGGUGAGAAAAUUGGUCUUUAUUUUGCGUGGUUGGGCUGGUACACUGGCAUGUUGAUCCCUGCCGCCCUGGUUGGUGUUUUUGUCUUUCUCUAUGGUCUCUUCACGAUGGACUCUAGCCAAGUAAGUAAAGAGAUUUGUGAAGCCAACACUACCAUCAUGUGUCCUAUGUGUGAGGAGACCUGUGAGCCGUGGACGCUGAGUGACAGUUGUGUCUACGCGAAGGUGACCCAUCUGUUUGAUAAUGGCGGGACUGUGUUCUUUGCUAUCUUCAUGGCUAUUUGGGCCACAGUAUUCCUGGAGUUCUGGAAAAGGAGGAGGGCAGAACUGACUUAUGACUGGGAUCUCAUUGAUUGGGAGGAGGAGGAGGAGGAGCUGAGGCCUCAAUUCGAAGCCAAGUACUCCAGGGUGGAGAGAGUCAACCCCAUCUCCGGCAAACCUGAGCCUUUCCAGCCCUUCUCAGACAAACUCAGCCGGCUCAUGGUGUCUGUGUCCGGAAUAUUCUUCAUGAUUUCCCUCGUUCUGACAGCCGUGUUUGCUGUGGUGGUUUUCCGUCUCAUUGCGAUGGAGAAAUUUGCUUCCUUCAACUGGUAUUUUGUGAAGAAGAACUGGCAGUUUGCCACCUCUGGCACUGGUGUCUGCAUCAACUUUAUGAUCAUCAUGUCUCUCAACUUGGUGUACGAGAAGGUGGCCUAUCUGCUGACAAAUUUAGAGCACCCACGGACAGAGUCUGAGUGGGAGAACAGCUUUGCUCUGAAGAUGUUCCUGUUCCAGUUCGUAAAUUUGAACAGCUCUACAUUUUACAUUGCUUUCUUUCUCGGAAGGUUUGCUGGCAGGCCUGGAAAUUACAAUAAACUCUUUAAGCGAUGGAGACUGGAGGAGUGUCACCCAAGUGGCUGCUUGAUUGAUCUGUGCCUGCAAAUGGGAGUCAUCAUGUUCUUCAAACAAAUCUGGAACAACUUCAUGGAGCUCGGUUAUCCUUUGCUGCAGAACUGGUGGUCUCGCAGGAAGAUGAAGAAAGUAGGUGGUGGAGGGCAGAAUGUAGAGAAUAAAGCUCAGCUUCCACAGUGGGACAAAGACUGGAAUUUGCAGCCAAUGAAUGCCCAUGGACUGGUGGAUGAAUACCUUGAAAUGGUCCUCCAGUUUGGCUUCACCACCAUCUUUGUUGCGGCAUUCCCUCUGGCUCCUCUCCUGGCUCUGCUCAACAACAUCAUUGAGAUUCGUCUUGACGCCUACAAGUUUGUGACUCAGUGGAGGAGACCCAUGCCUGCCCGAGCCACAGACAUAGGGAUCUGGCAUGGGAUUCUCGAAGGUAUCGGCGUGUUGGCAGUCAUCACCAACGCCUUCGUCAUUGCUAUCACCUCAGACUACAUCCCCCGCUUUGUCUACGCAUUCAAAUAUGGACCGUGUGUGGACAAGGGACACCACCAUGAGGAUGAGUGUUUGCGAGGCUACAUGAACAGCAGCCUGUCUGUGUUUGACAUGGGCGAGAUGAAGAACAGCAGCCAGUCCAGAUACUGCAGGUACAGAGACUACAGAGCACCGCCCUGGAGCUCAGUGCCGUACGAAUUCACCCUGCAGUUCUGGCACGUCUUGGCUGCCAGGCUGGCCUUCAUCAUCGUCUUUGAGCACCUGGUGUUUGGGAUCAAGUCCUUCAUAGCGUACCUCAUUCCGGACAUGCCAAAGGAUCUCUGUGAUCGUAUGAGGAGGGAGAAGUACCUGAUGCAGGAGAUGAUGUACGAAGCAGAACUAGAGCACCUGCAGAAGGAGAGAAAGAAGAAAGGACGGCGUUAUCACCAUGAGUGGCCUUAGCUUUACCCACCACGUCUCCACUACACACCGCACAGCCCUCAACUCACAGGCAUGUCCUCCCCAGCCUGCUUAUUUAUGUGUUUUAGCUUUGAGAGUCUAGCUCCACUCGGCUGAUUCUAUACACCAAAGACACCCCCGUUUAGUAACCAGAUCCUUCCCCAAAACUGUCUGGCUUCAGGCUCUGACCCUCACCAUCUGUUCCACAUCCAGUGUUGGGCUGCUCUUCUGGCCCCGCCCCGCACCGCCUCGAGCCCUCACCUGGCUUCAUCCAGCAGGUUGCCCUUGGAUCUGUGCUGUGUCAUAGCUUCACUGGAAAGCCCUGUGCAAUUGUAAUGUUUACUAUGCAGAUCAAGGGCUGCAGAUCACCACUGUUCCAUCCUACACUCUCUCUCUCUGUGUGUGGCAGCUAGCUCUCCGCAUGGCUGCGUUUUUCUCCCGUGAGCAUUAGCAGAGCCGUUCUGCUGCUAAUGUGAUAGAGCUACUAUGGCACUUAGCAUUUCUUGUUGCAAAAGUGAUUCUGGUGAUGUGGCUACCAAAUACAAUGGACACUGUUGUUGCAAAGCGACUGUAUAUUGUCCCUGAAGCAUGCUGAUCAAUAUUUGCAGCUAUAUGGUGAACUGCGAAGAGAAUAAAAUUAAGACAACUGCACACAUCCUGUAGGAUGUUAACAUCUAUUCUGUACAUUCUCUAUGAAAUCAUAUCAAGUGCAUGGUGAUAUUGUUUUGUAUCUUUUGAUAGACAAAGUCGCUGUGUUGAUGCCUGGUUCACAUGUGUCUGUACUCAGUGCAAGCUAAAUGUCAAUCUCCGUCUGUGCUACUGCUGAGCUUGACUUUCUUGAGUGGAGGAAAUGUGAACUUAGUGCAAUUAGAUUGUGCCUACUGCUCACCACAAUUGUGUCACGAACAUCACAUGUGCCUGUUUGUGCUGCACAUGCUUUUUCAAGUGCAAGAAAUGUUCUCUUUCCUCAUUCUGUUGUCUGAUCUUCUGUUAACUCUCUGAACUCUCCUGUUUGGAUUUGCUUUGGAUGUGAGUCCCACCACAGUACCUACUCGGGUCUCAGCUAAUGGCUCUGAAACAUGUCGACGGUGUACGUUGUAAUGUGACUCCCAUUAUUAACAAUGUAUACAUGCACGCAGGAACUGCAAAUCUGCUCUUCCGUUCUGUGCUCGCAGCCUGUUUUUCAUUUGUUGUUGGAAGCCCUGAAGCGUGGUUGAAACUUGGAUCACUUAGACAUACCUGUGGCUUGGGUGUUCAAGUUUACAAAGAACAUCCAACCACUGUUCGUCACUCACAGUACACCAACAUAUUUCAGUUUGGGUCCUUUGCUAACUAAGCACACAGUCAGAUGCAGUGUCGGCUGCUUUCGGACCUUUUAUUGAUGUGAAACCUAGAAAUUCGGUUUUGUUAAACGCAGAGUCAUGACAUUGCCUUUACUUGUGGUCAGUUCUGAUGUCAUGGAUUACAGAACUCAGGAAAACAGGCAGCAUGUGCGAAGUAUCCAUCUGUGAAUCUGAGUCAGAAUCAUAAUCAUUUCCUGUUUCAUUCACGAUGAGAUGGAGAGUCGUGUAGUGCGUGGAGUAAACAGUAUUAAUGAGGAGUGUUUUCAUUUUGUAGGUGAUGAGAACUUCAACAUCAGCCCAAGACCUUCCAUACAGGUCAUGUUGAUCAUAUGAUGUUUGAUACGAUUUAGAAUUAACGACAUUAUGCACAGUAAACGUGAAAGUUACAUGAACCUAACGCCUGAAGGUAAAGAAUAUCACUACCCUGAAUGCAUUGCACAACACUGAAAAAACUAUUCAUUAUUUAAAAAUAAGUGUACAUUAUUUAAAUUAGUUUAGUUAUGUUGCAUUGUAUAUACAUUUUAUUAUAUGUGGAAUGUUUUUAUACUUUUUAUUUUGUGCUAUCAGUAUGAGUUUACCUGUUUUCAUCCUCAGAUAAACAAAGUAAUGUCCACA